UCCCCCGCCCCGGCCGCUGCCCGAAUCAGCGGCAGGAAGAUGGCGGCGCUCAUCCCCCUCAGCCAGCAGUUUUCUACUGGAAAUCCAUUAUAUGAAACUUACUACAAACAGGUAGAUCCAACAUAUACAGGGAGAGUUGGGGCAAGUGAAGCUGCACUGUUUCUUAAAAAAUCUGGUCUCUCUGAUAUUAUCCUUGGAAAAAUAUGGGAUUUGGCUGACCCGGAGGGUAAAGGAUACUUGGAUAAACAGGGUUUCUACGUCGCGCUGCGGCUCGUGGCAUGUGCACAGAAUGGCCAUGAUGUUAACCUGAGCAGUCUGAACUUGACUGUGCCACCUCCUAAAUUUCAUGACUCUAGCAGUCCUUUGCUGAUCACACCACCUUCAACAGAGACUCACUGGGCUGUUAGGGUGGAAGAAAAAGCAAAGUUUGAUGGUAUUUUUGAAAGCCUUUUGCCAGUAAAUGGUUUACUUUCAGGAGACAAAGUAAAACCAGUUCUGAUGAAUUCAAAGCUACCUCUUGAUAUCCUAGGAAGGGUCUGGGAUCUCAGUGAUAUUGAUAAAGAUGGGCACCUGGACAAGGAUGAAUUUGCUGUGGCAAUGCAUUUGGUUUAUAGAGCUCUUGAGAAAGAGCCAGUUCCUUCACUAUUACCCCCUUCUCUCAUACCACCUUCUAAAAGAAAGAAGACCCCUGUCUUCCCUGGGGCAGUUCCUGUUCUCCCUGCAAGUCCUCCACCAAAAGGCAGUCUCCGUUCUACCCCAUCUCAUGGCAGUGACAACAGUCUGAACAGCACAGGGAGUUUGUCUCCCAAGCACAGCAUCAAACAAGCACAGCCACCUGUGAACUGGGUUGUGCCCAUGUCUGAAAAAGUGCGAUACGAUGAAAUUUUCCUCAAAACAGACACAGACAUGGAUGGUUUUGUGAGUGGCCAAGAAGUAAAAGACAUUUUCAUGCAUUCAGGCCUGUCUCAGAAUCUUCUAGCACAUAUAUGGGCUUUGGCAGACACAAGGCAGAUGGGAAAGUUAAGCAAAGAUCAGUUUGCACUAGCAAUGUAUCUCAUUCAACAGAAGGUCAGUAAAGGGAUUGAUCCUCCACAAGUCUUGUCCCCAGAUAUGAUCCCUCCCACAGAGAGGAACAAUCCCAUUCAGACUCUGUCAGGUUACUUGACCCCUGUAGGAACUGAGAUCUCAGCACUAACAGAAAUGCGUCGUGACAGCUCAAGUUCUGUUGGAUCAGGAGAAUUUACAGGGGUGAAGGAACUGGAUGAUAUUAGUCAAGAAAUUGCACAGCUACAGAGAGAAAAAUACUCACUAGAGCAGGACAUUAGGGAGAAGGAAGAAUCAGUCAGACAGAAAACCAAUGAAGUUCAGGAACUGCAAAAUGAUUUAGACAGGGAGGCAAGUAACUUGCAAGAGCUUGAGGCUCAAAAACAAGAUGCCCAAGACCGCCUGGAUGAAAUGGACCAGCAAAAAGCCAAACUGAAGGAUAUGCUGAAUGAUGUAAGGCAGAAAUGCCAGGAAGAAACACAGGUGAUUUCAUCACUAAAAAUGCAGAUUCAAUCUCAGGAAUCGGAUUUAAAAUCACAGGAAGAUGACCUGAACAGAGCAAAAGCAGAGCUGAAUCAUCUGCAGCAAGAAGAAACUCAGCUAGAGCAGAGUAUCCAGGCUGGAAAAGUGCAGCUUGAAACAAUAAUCAAAUCUCUAAAAUCAACCCAAGAAGAAAUAAACCAGGCAAGAAGUAAACUUUCUCAGCUUCAAGACAGUCAUCAAGAAGUGAAUAAGAGUAUAGAAGAAUAUAAUGAAGCUCUUAAUGGGAUCCAUGGUGGUAGCCUGACAAAUUUAGCAGACAUCAGUGAAGGCCUUGGGCAGACAGACAGAAGCCAUUAUGGAGCUAUGGAUGAUCCAUUUAAGAAUAAAGCCUUGAUGUUUACCAAUAACACACAGGAAUUGCACACAGACCCAUUCCAGUCAGAAGAUCCUUUCAAAUCUGAUCCAUUCAAAGGAGCAGACCCUUUCAAAGGCAGUGACCCAUUCCAGCAUGAUCCUUUUGCAGAACAGCCACCUGCUCCAGCAGAUCCAUUUGGAGGGGAUCCAUUUAAGGAGAGUGACCCAUUUCGUGCUUCUGCCCCUGAGGAUUUCUUCAAGAAGCAGGUGAAGAGUGACCCAUUUACCUCAGAUCCAUUCACAAAACCACCCACUUUACCCUCAAAGCCUGACCCUUUUGAAAGCAGUGAUCCCUUCACAUCUUCCAGUGCCUCUUCAAAAGGUCCAGAUCCAUUUGGAACACUGGAUCCAUUUGGAAGUGGUGCUUUCAGCAGUGGUGAGGGAUUUGCAGACUUCAGUCAGAUGUCAAAGUCAGUAGCUUCAGACCCCUUUGCCUCCUCUUUUGGAGGGGUGGGAUUCUCAGAUGACCCUUUCAAAAGCAAAUCAGACACACCAGCAUUGCCACCAAAGAAAAAUGUCCCUCCAAGACCCAAGCCACCCAGUGGUAAAAGUACUCCUGUAAGCCACCUGGGGUCUGCAGAUUUUCCCAAGCCCCAUGAUCCAUUCCAGCCAUUUGGGGCUGACAGCAGUGACCCGUUUCAAAGUAAAAAGGGGUUUGGGGACCCAUUUAGUGGAAAAGAUCCAUUUGCUCCCUCCUCUUCAAGUAAAACUUCUAAAGACUCUUCCUUGGGGUUUGCAGACUUCAGCUCUUUUGGAAAUGAAGAGCAGCAGCUGGCCUGGGCAAAGCGUGAGAGUGAAAAAGCAGAGCAAGAGAGACUAGCUCGGUUGCGGAGACAAGAACAAGAAGACCUUGAGUUGGCUAUUGCACUCAGUAAGGCUGAUAUGCCAAACUCUUAAGCAGAGAUUCUCUGGCUCCACCCUGCCCAAGUGAAACCUUUAAACGUGGCUUUUAUAAAAAUACUCAGCCCUUGGGUUUAUGUUGUGAAAAUAAUUUUGGUCACCUUCAAACUCUGAUCAAGACUGGCUGGUUACGUCAGACUGGGCUCUGUGUGGCUUUUCAAGUGCACAAUGUGCAGGAAACACUGUCUAAGCUCUAUUGUAUGUUCUAGAUAAAAUUUACUGCUUGUAAGAAAUUCCAACCUAUGAUCCUAAGAUACUGAAAGCAAAGUUUCUUUACCUGGAAGACAACGUUGCAUAUGGUAAACUGCAACUUGUGAGUCUGGCUUAUUAAUACCUGGAUUCCACUGGGGUUUUUUUGAAGCUGCAGGAUGAGUUUCAAAGAAAAUGUCAUAAAAAGAUAUUUCUAUAAUUAGCUUUCACUUGUUACAUUUCUUUAAUAAUUCAUAGUAGGCUACUCAGUGUAGCAUUUGUGUCAUCUAUGUCAGUCUUCAGCACAAGUUAAUUAUUAGAUGGUCACUUUUUAUCCAGGAGAUGUGGCUUUUGCAAAAGAAUCUGAUGAAUACAAACAGAAUGAGCUGUAUAAAAUAUUAGGGAUUUGAAGCCUCUAUGAAUGAGUAGUUCCAAUUUAAACAGUUUGCAUUGAGUUUUAAUAAUUGUAUGGGAUGUUGUAAAAGAGGGAGUUAACUCGGUUGUAGUAAAUUGGACAAAGAAUCUGGCAAUUAAAUCACAAGGCAAAAUCUUGCUUUCUCUCAUAAGCAGAUAUGAUUGUGGUACAAUUUUGAGUGCUGCUUUCAUGUAAAAUCAAGCAAUGGGAAACUUACCAAGCUCAAGCUACAACUCGUUUUACCCUCUUUUGCUCCAGCCACCAGAACACAGACCAUAUUAGUUACCCAGCUGACUGUGUAAGACAGUCUUUACCUCUGUUUCUGGAAUUCCACCUAUCUUAUGGGGUUACAGAUGUAACAUAAGUUAGCUGAAAUAAGGCCAAGUUUAACCAGAUUUAAUUUGCCAAAUACAUGUUCAUGUCUAAGUUAUAGCAGCACUGCUAAACUGUAACGGCUUUAAAAUACAGCUUGAAGUAAUAAGUCCAAGUAGGAACAGAUUUUAUAUACACCUGUAGAACUCAGUACUUCCACCUGGUAAGGAUGUGUUUUACACACAGAAUGUGUUUUACAUGUCCUAGAUAAAAAUAAGUCCUUAUGAUAAGUCUGUGAAUUAUUUACUUACUAAAAAUGCCUCUUCUGAUUACAGGAAUUCUAAAACUUCCAUUGUCUUUGCCUUGGACUUCUAUGUCUAAAUAGAGUAGGCAUCUACCACAACAUUUUUUUUAAUGUCCUUAAUGUAUGUUUGCUCUCCUGUCCUUGGUUCUGUAGGAGUACAAAGCUGAACAGUCUGUGGUUUCACUAAUGCAGCCCUUAUCUUACAAUAUUUUCUCUAUUUUUUGGAAAAUGUGGUAUUCCUUCAUCAUCUGUAAUGCUUUCCUAUUUUUUAAGUCCUUGCUUCCUUACCUUACUUCUGGUUUUCACAUACAAAGACAGUGCCUGUUCACUGAAUGAAAAGAAUACGUCCCCAUUCUGUUGUAAUUGCCUUAUUCUGGAUUAUUUCUUUACACAAAGACAAGAAUCACAUUGAAUCAUUUUAAUCUGCUUAGUAGUUUUCAGCUCUGAAACACGACUGAGAUGUGGCAUUUGUUGUCUCUAGGCUUGUGUGACUGUGGGCACAUGACAAAACUGACACCCCAGACCUCAAAAUGCAGUUUUAGGAGUCACAUUUCCCACUUUGCUGUGUGUCUCCUGUGCUCAUGAUAUCCCAAACCAUCUGAAUCUUUAAUUCCCCCUAGAAACAUAGAAGAUUCAUUCUAAUAUCAAACCCAACCACGUAAAGGUCUUUAAUAUAAUCUUUGAUGACCUCUUGUGAAUGCAGCGGAAGAUACUUCUAAUUUUACAGCACCUUCCCACUGUGGUAAUUUUUUCCCUAAAAUGUAUGAGAUUGAAUGAUCACACAUACUAAAAUGUCAACACAUUCUCUUUUCUGUUGGUGUACAGGACUGGAAGUCUCUGAGAGCAAACUUGGGUCUGUCUGUAGCUAACAUGAGAGAAAGCUUCAGCUGUGAGAAAGCAGUUUUCAGAACUGAAUGGCUGCAGGACUCUCAGUGAAGUCAAAUUGUAUCUGUGUAUAAGAUUCUCCUUUUCAUUUGGGCCUGAGUCUUUGUGGUGUCUCUUCUGCUACAAUAACCCCCCAUUCAGCCACAGUGCCAUUUUAGAAAGGAAAACCACUUUUGGACUGUGACUUGGAUGAUGUCACUCCAGUGGGAUGGGGUGGAUGAGCUAAAUAGCUUGAUUCAUUUUCUGAGUUAUGUACCAUAAAAAGACUUUCUGCUACUUUGACACUGCUCUACAAUAUUGUAAUUUAUAAUGCUUCCAAGGCAAUGAGUCUGUGUUGUCAAGAUGUCCAGCAGGAAGCCAGAAAUGUGAAUUAAUCUAGCAUUCCAUGUAGCAUUAGCAGGAAUUGCUCAUGUUCCUAUUUCCUUGUUGACUCAUUCUUCGUAUUUGCUUGGACAGUAACAGAAGAUCAAGCAAAUGAACAAGGACAGCACAUGUUCUCUGCACAGUGAGUUAGAUUUAGUAACCUUAGUUUUACUUCAACAGUUCAAAAUUUUAGACACUGCAGUAGAAGAAAACUCAGCUGUGAUUUCUCCCCAUUGCAUUUACCAGUUUUCCAUACAAAAAGGAAAACUACCCACGUUCUUCCCUUCUGCUUGUAACUCAGUGUUUUGUAGGGCACCUGCUCUUGUUCUUCUAAGACAAAACUUAUUGCAAGACAUUGAUCUUCUUCCUCCAGAACAGUGAAAUUUGAAGCACAAAUAGGCCUGUUGCUAUUUGGGCAGAGAAAAUAUGUACAAUGCAAGAUAUAUCAAAUGUGAGUAUACACAAUGCAUAUACAGUGUACAUUGAGAUCAUAUUAUUUGUGUCUAUGUGUGUAUAUAUAUAUAUAGUGUAUUGUAUAAUGUAAUAAUAGUGUGUGUAUAUACUAUAUAUGUCCACAUACUAUGUCUAGUAUAUAGUUAACUUGUGCUGUACAUAAAAUGUGUAUAUACAAUGAAUAUGUAGAAUAUGCAUAUAUAUUCUAUAUAUUAAAGCUUGUGUUUAUGUAUGUAGCCUCUAAACAGAGAUGGAAUUUUUACAGACAUGCAGAUCAGAUCAUGGCUCUUAGAAUUUCAAAGUUCUGGCGAAAGAAAAGAAAAAAAAAAAAAAAGGAGAAAUUACUGUUUGUAAUGAAUUUGCUUCAAGGUUACUUUCUUUGGCAUGAAAACCUGUGUUCCUUAGCUGUGCCAAGUGUCAGAGGAGCCUGGCAGAAAGCAGGUAUCAUCUGCACAGGUUGUGAUUUCACAUUCUUUUGAGUUUUUCCAGUGUCUUUUUGAGAGGUGGGUUCUACUUCUGAUCUUCUCACAUGUGAUAGUCAUGUCAUGUUUUUUUCUCUAGGCUGAGCAAUGAUUUUUCUCCUCCAUUUCCUUCUAGUUUUACUUUUCUUUCUUUUUUUUUUUCUCCCCCUUUUUGUAAAAAUUAUUUUGAGAGAGCUAUUCCCAUGCCCACGUACACCCCAAGCCAGUCACACGCUGAGGUGGAAAACAUGUUUUUCUUGCUUCAUUCCAGUGAUAGAAGUUGCACAUAAUUAUCCUCUGGAUUUCAGCUCUGUUUUUCCUCUGUUUCCACCUAAGCUCUUACUUCAUGAGGAACAACUUGUCUCUUGCAUUCUUGGCUUUGAAGAAAGAAUGGAGGUGCUUCUGCUUUCUCCUCAGAUCAGUUAUUAGGCUCUGUGGUACCAUGAGCAAUCACAAAGAGUUCAGUUGGCUUUUAUGGUGGCAUGUGUGUGUUUUGUGCAGAGUUAUCGUCACUGCUGGAAUGACUCAUGGAAAACUAUGAAUUGCACCCAGGCACAACAGUUACAACAGGAAAGACAGACAAUUAUUCACGUGGAACCUACGCAUGCAAGCUCUGCAUGUAGGAGACAGGUAUUGAAUUACCCCCCUUAUCCUUUAUAGACCAGUCUGUUCACAUUUGCCUCGAGUGGUUUCCCUAAGUGACAUUCAAAUAGUUGUGCUGUAAAACAUACCAGUCAUUCUGCAAUAAAAACAGAUGCUUGUAAAAGCAGUCCUUCUACCCUAAUGCAGUACAAAAUAUUUUUUAUAUUGGCAAAUUUUUCCUUAUAAAAGCUCUGCCCUGUGAGGAUCAUCAGUCCUUACUGUAUUUUAUUUUGUGUAAUGUGUUCUCAAGUGUAGGAAAUUCCAAACUGUGUCUGACCUUUUUUUUAAUUUUUUUUUUCAUUCCUAUCUGUGAAAUCUGUUGUCAGAAAUUUUGUAGAGAUUAUUUUGUUGUCUUAUGCUCAAAGAUAAUGCACUUUUCUUGGAUUCUUCUUAUAAUCCUUUUGGGGUUACUAUUUCUUCUUUAGUGUUUCUCCAUUGAGAAGAGUAUUUAUUCUGUAGAACUGAGACCCAAGGAAUUUUGGUCCAAGUAGAAUUGUUGCUUUCCCUCUUGUAAGGGUUUGAUUCCUCCCUUCUGCAUUUUAUUCCUUCCUCUCAGGAAUGUCAUUUCUGUUUAAUCCUCAUUUAGAGUUGGAGCUCUGUUAAGGUGAAUUGAUCUGUGCUAAUAAUCAUCUAGUUCAAAUACCUUCCUACGCUGGUGGAAGUUGUUGUGUCAACCAUUGCAUCUCUCUGUAGACUUCACACAAACAUCUCUUCUUAGACAGGAAUUUUGCUUGGAGUUUGGUAGAAUCAUAGAAGAUUUCUUUUUAGAGUGUUAACUGUUGCUCAUUGACACAUUUUAUCAGUUGAUAAACUGCUCCUUUUACUUGAAAGUUUUAUAAAUAAAGGCUAAUUUGUUAAAAAAUGGAAUUUUCAUUUUUCCAACUUCUGCCUUCCUUUUCAAGUUUAACCUUACAAGCUAAAACUCAUAAUGACCAUGGUUCCUUCUGCUGUUGCCAUGAUAAGAGUGCUCUUCUGGUGUCCCUUCUAAUGCCACGUUCCUUAGUCUGACCUAAGAAAAGGUGGAAACACAAGGUGGAAACUGCAAUGUUGACCUAAAUUUGACUAAUCUCUCCAAAUAUGUACAAUAUUGUAGCUAUAUUUAUCUUUCAAAUAUCAUAACAAAUUGAAAGGUAGUUUAAUUUUAACCCAUCUCAUGUGUUUAUUGUUUAAUAUAAUAAGAGAAAUGUUAUUGUUUAAUAUAAUAAAUGAAAAGUUACUUUUUGGAGCUCGUGAGA